AGCAUGGCUCAAACUUUGUUCUGGGGCUUGGCAACAUGGAUUUGGAAUGCCCGCGGCUAUCCAGAAAGGUUUUGGCCCUGCACGACAUUGCCACGUCUCCAUCAGAUGGAGGGGAUCGUGAGGCAGUGUUGGUUCCGAAAAGUGUCUCCGCGGGAGGAGCAAGACCAAAGGACUCGAGGCCCCACUCUCGCGCACAGUCCGCCCCGCAGCUGCAGCAGAAAAACGAGUGGAAUAAAUUCCUCAACAGGCAGAAAUCGAAUGAAGGACUUGUGCGAAGAUGCUUCCAUGCACAAGCGCACAGGGCCUGCAUCGAGCGAGAGAGCUUGAAAAGGGCUGGUAGCACACAUGGACGACAUGCUUUUUGCAACUUCCUCAGGAGGCAGUAUGGCACAGUACUGGCGGGCUGGCGGACUAUGGAUGUUCAUCAGAAGGGCUAUCUUUGCUACGCAGAGUUCUGCCAAAGUUGCAGGGAGAUGCUUUUCAAUGGGGAUAUUCGCAGCCUCUGGCGUGAACUUGACGCGAAUGAGAAGGGCAUUGUCACCCUCAAGGAGGUUUGCCCUGAAGUCGCUUUGCAUGUGUGCGGUUUGAAGAAGGUCAUGCUGAAACUUCAUGGCAGCAUGAUGAAGGGAUGGUGGAGGACAUUGGACCGGCAGCGCAAGGGUUUUGUUAGUGAGGCGGAAUUUGUGGCGGGCAUUCGUCGUCUUCAGAUGAAAGAUCCAGAGUACAAGACGGAACCGCGUGAACUCUUUAGAAUGUUCGUGGCUCCAGGAGCCAACAAACUUUCCCUGGCAGAGUUCGACCCCACCACCUGGACAAAGGUUUGCUGCGGUGAACUCCGCCGCGAGAAAUUGCCAAAUCCUGAGACAUGGAGGAGAUUGUCGACAAAAUGUACGCGUUAUUGCCCAUACCGCCCUUAUCAGGCAAAGCCCGAGGCAGAAAUGGCCGAGGGCCCCCAGGGCCCCCACGGCCCUUUGUGAUGGCCCCGCGGAAGCGCCGCAGGGAGCUCCCUGGCACGGCCGAAGAUCUGGCUGUGGCGGAGCCGUUUCAGACAUCUACGUGCUGAGAAAAGGAA